ACACGCCAAUACAAAUCCGAUCGUUUCUCUCUCACACACCCAUACACACUUACUUACAUAUAUGUGUCGUGUAUAUAUGAUAUAUAAAUCUAUAAGCAAAUAAAUAAAUAAAAAGGGGGAAAAUAAAUUGAGCCCUAAAAUCUCUACUCUCUCCGAAUCAUUAUCUUAAACUUAUACAAAGGUACAAUACUAACUAAAGAAAUGAGUACACUAGACGUUGCCAGGACAGAACUCGCCCUUGCUGUUCUCUAUUUGAACAAAGCUGAAGCAAGGGACAAGAUUUGCAGAGCGAUACAGUAUGGUUCCAAGUUCGUGAGUAAUGGUGAGCCAGGCACUGCUCAGAAUGUGGACAAAUCAACAAGCUUGGCCAGGAAGGUCUUCCGUCUAUUUAAGUUUGUCAAUGAUUUGCAUGCUCUUAUCAGUCCGACUGCUCCAGGAACUCCCCUUCCAAUUGUUCUACUGGGGAAGUCAAAAAAUGCAUUGUUGUCUACUUUCUUGUUCCUCGACCAAAUUGUUUGGCUCCAUAGAUCAGGCAUUUACAAGAACAAAGAUCGUGCAGAAGUACUUGGCAGGGUAUCACUUUUCUGUUGGAUGGGCUCUUCAAUCUGUACCACUUUAGUUGAGAUAGGAGAGAUUGGGAGGCUUUCAAAAUCAAUGAAGAAAUUGGAUAAGGAACUUAAGGGCACUGAUAAAUACAAGAAUGAACAGUAUCGUGCUAAAGUUAAAUCAUCAAAUGAGAGGUCCCUGGCCUUGAUCAAAGCAGCCAUGGAUAUUGUGGUUGCUGCCGGGCUACUUCAACUGUCUCCAAAAAAGAUCACUCCCCGUGUUACAGGAGCCUUUGGAUUUACCACGUCACUCAUAUCUUGUUAUCAGUUACUUCCUUCAGCGCCCAAGGCGAAGGCAUCUUGAAGCAGAUGAUGGCGGGUACCACCCAACCAUGCUUUCAGCAUCUUUAAACAAUCAUUUGGAUAUAUGGCAUGUAUGAUUUUUUAUAUGCAGUGAACAAUUGCAAUAAUGUAUGUCGUGCCUGUUUCUACCAUAUUAGUACUCCUGUGUAUGACUUUCUUCUAAGCUUUUGAAAAUAUUAUAUUGUUGAAAAA